AUGGGUGUCCUAAAAUUGAAAAGUGAUAAGAAGAGGAAAGAAAAGUGUAAGGAAACUAAAAUAGAUUAUGCAAAAUGUAUAAAAAAAACAAAAGUUAAAGAAAAAAUAAUUCGAAAAGAAGUUGAAAAUGAUUUUGAUGUUUCUAUAUUUAUGAAAACAGACCACGCUUCCAGUAAAAUACGACAACUGAAUUAUGCAAAAUUAGUUAAAGGGAUGAGAAAAAACAAAAAUUUAAUUACUAACCAUAUAGAAAAAAUUCUGGAAAUUUAUGGAAUGGGUAUUAUAGAUGAAGAUGAAAAUGUAAGAAAUUAUUCUUCUAAAAUAUUUUACCAUUUGAUAAAUAGUAAUAUAGAUUUUGACAUUUUCCAUAGCAAGGUUAAAACUUGUUUGUUCCAUUCUUUGAAAAUAGAAAAGGUUUCUUUAAAAGUGUUAAAUCUAGAACUGUGUCAUAUUUUCUUCUUUACAAAAAUUGAAUAUUGCUAUAAGUUUUUUUACGAAUUUUUGAAUAACAUUUUGAGUUGCUUCGUGUCUAUCCCAAUUGAGCAGCAAGUCAGAACUGUAAAAUAUUUCUUCCUCUUAUUCAAGUACAAAGUUAAGUAUAAGCGAUGGAAAAAUGAGAAAAAGCACAUCAGUGAGAAAAGUGAAAUGAGUUGGAUAAGGAGUAAGGGAGAGUCCAAUCCGCUUGAGUCUAAAAGAGGCACACUAAGAAUACGCUACGAAAAUCGGGAUAGAAAUAAUGUGACAGUUAAUGGCGACAAAUAUUCUUCUCAUCAUAUGAUGAAGAAAGGAGAAAGAGACACAGUGGAAGAAGAUAUAUAUAUGAACGGAACACAGAUGAGGGGGCGUUCCCAUCGAAUAGAUACAAAUGCUGAUUCUGGAAUGGAAUCGGAGGAUUGUUACCAACUUAUAACAUGUAUGAACAGACGAAACAGUCAUUGUGAUCCUUUUUUACUGAAGAAAGACAUAAAAGUUAGUAUCAAGAUGGUGACAAAAAUGGGUAUAUAUACAAAAUUGCUGAAGUGUUUUCAUAAUUUUAUGGAUGAAGUAACUUACAAUUCAAUCAAUGUGGAUUUGAUUCAUUUAUAUACUAAAAUUUUGAAAAUAAUAAUACUUAUAAUAAAAAAAAAGAAAAAACAAAUUUUUAAAGAAGAAAUGAUGAUACUAAUUAAAAAAUUUAUAAAAAAGGCAAUUGAAGUUAUCAAUGAAAAUAUAGUAAAUUUAAGUAAUUCCAAUAAGGGAGUAAAGAAUAUGAUAUAUUAUUUCAUAGUCCUGAUUACAACCUUGUGCAUAAAGACUAUGGAUCAUUUGGAGGAUGUAAAUAAGAAUAUAUAUAUGAAUCCUUUUUGUUUAGUAAAGUAUUGCCUCUCUAUAUAUUUCUAUGUCUUUAUAGAUUCUGAAUUUUUUCCCAUAAUAAUAACAAAUCGGAUGUACGGAAAGAGUGGACUAGACGAGGUAACGUACACCACUGAUGAAGGAAAAAACCAACAAAGGUUUAUAGAUGUGCCAAACGGAGAUUUAAAGGAAAAUGAUUCAUCCAGUUUUACUGAGUAUUGCGCCUAUAGUAAGAAAAAUAGCAAUAAUGAUGGAUCCAUAGAUGGAAGGGAUAAAUUUUGCAAUGAAAACAGGAAGAAAGAGCCAAGCAGAAAUUCUGAGAAAUACUCAAAAAAAUACUUUCAUCUGUUAAUCUAUUUUUACGAAAUAUUUAUGCAUAGAAAGGAUGAGAAAAUACUGCUGCGUUAUGGUACAUCAUGUGAGCAGAAAAUCGAGAGGAAAAAGAACAACAAUGAUUAUGAUGAUGGUAAUAUUAUUAGUAGUAACAUUAGUAGUAGUAACAGUGGCAGCGGGGGUAGUAAUGACAACCAUGUCAAUAAGAUAAUAGUGUUAAUUGAAAAAAAAAUAAAUUCUUACGUAAAUUGUACCGAUGUGAAUACUGUAUGCGGAUUUAUUUUAAGCUAUUUAAAGAGCUUUUCAGAAACGAGCAUUGAUAAAAUUAGCCAUUUUUGCUAUUUCAUAAUUAUACUUGCUCAGCAGGCAAAUGCCCUGGGUAAAUUUGAGGGAGGAAAGUUCUUUACUUUUAAUCAGAAAAGUACAGAAUGGCAUAAGAGUCAAUGCAUGAAUAUAAAAGACAUGGGCAUUGGAGGCAGAACAAAUGGGAAAUUAUCGUUUCAAUUUUUAAGCAGUCCAUUUAUGUUUAUGUUUUUAGUGGAUUGUCAAUUUUUCCUAAAUAAUAAGUUUUUUGAGACGUUUUACGAAUGCUUCAAUGAAGAUCAGAAGAACAAAAUAAUGGAAGUCAUUUUUUUUGUGCAAAAUGAAGAUUAUACAAUUAAUAUAAUUACGAAGGAAGUGUUUGAUAAAUUUUUGAGAAAUAUAUAUUUCUUUUUGUAUAAUUAUGACAAUUCUAUUUUUGUGAAAAAUUGUUUAUUUUUCUUUUCCUUUUUAUCUGUAAAUAAGCAUAAAAUGAAGAAAGUAUGUGGAGAUUUUGAAAAUUUCAAAGGAAAUAAGCAGGACCUAGAAAGACUGUUUCAUCUAGAUGUAAGAAACAGCUUACACGAAGUCGUAAAGGAAAAAAGAGAAAAAUUAAUCAAUUACUUUCUAUGCAGAAAUAGAGAAAUUAUUAUUUCAUUUGAUCUAAUUGCUAAUUUGUAUUUUGUGUGCGAGAACACGAAUAAGAAAUUGCUCUUGUUCAUUUAUUUAUUAAUUGUAAAAUUCGAAAUAGUUAGAAGUAAGAUGAACUCUUCUCUGGUAAAGGAAGAAGCCAUGAUUCUGCUUAACAGGGUUUCUCGUAUUCCUAUUAGUGAUUUGUCUAUGUGUCAAGAGAUGGAAGAAAAAACUGAUUAUUUUUCUUCUGUUGAUAUGCUAUCAAAACCAGGAUGUCAAAGCGGUGUGCAGGAAGGCACACACAUGGGGUGGAAGAAAGAAAAGGGGGAUAUACUAUUGUUCCAAAAAAAAUUCAGAUUUAUAAUAUGCCAAGAAUAUCUAUUUAGAGAAGAUUUUUUACUUUUUUUUCUUAAACUAAAUUUGUCCGAAACGUAUUUUGUUUUUAGAAAUGAUAUUUACACUUUAAUUGAAUCGGAAUGUUUAAGAGGAAGUAUAAAUAGGAUCGACUUGGAACACUUAGAUGAAAUAAAAUAUGCUAAUAUUAUUUUGAUUAUAAAAAGAAUGUCUUACAUUAUUUCGAAUGUAAAGGUACAAAUUGACAAUAAUUCAAAGAAUAUAAAUAAUUCCGUCGUGAUAACGGAUUACUUAUUUUCAGUAAUUGAUCGCGUAGGUCUAACAGAUAGUACAUUGGAAGUAGGCAAAAAUAUUUGUGAAAGAUUGUUCAUAUUGGUUAAAAUAAUUUUUCUCUUUUAUUUCGUGUCUUUUAAUUUGUUCCCGUCUUUAGAGACAAAUUGGAGGCUAGUCAAUUCGGGGUUGAAUGACGACAGGAGAAAGGUUGCGGAUGGUAUGGUGAAAGCUGGGAAAAAGGACGAGUUAGAUAUAUUGACCUCUGUGGAUAUGAGAACCGAACAUAUUUACUAUUAUAAAACCGAAGAUGUGAUAAUAGAUGUGGAACUUUUUGUAAAAUACUUAAAAGAAGUCUUUUCACAAAAUGAAUAUACUCAAAUAGAACAUAAAAUGAACAUGUUUGUAUAUGUGAUGCCACACUUUUCAAUCACAAGGAGAUUAUUUAAUUUCAUGUUUGAACAGGAUAUUAUGUAUAUUUCUAAUGUGAAUAAAGAUCUUGAAUAUUUCGCAUGUACACGUCAAGGGUAUGAUUUGAAUACACACGUAACGUUCCAAGAAUUGCUGAACAAAUUUGAAAGUUGCAUGAAUGUUUUUAGUUUUAAAAAAUUAUUAGAUUUACCAGUACGGGAAGUAAUAAAAUUGUUGACUAUCACGAUUUUUAAAAUGUCCAUUAAUAGAAAUAUAUUACACGUUCACUUGUUAAAUAAUUUCAAGAAUUUGCCGAAUGAAUAUUUUUACGAUUUAAAUUUUUUCCUUUUUUUUUAUCAUUUUUUGUCCUUUCUGAUUCAAAAAAUGAGGAGCUUGGCGGAGUGUUCCUUUUCCCAACGUACUUAUUACUCAAUAUCGUUUAUAAUUGAUACACUUUUAUGUAGCUAUUGCAUUAAGGAGAAUGUUGAGAAGACCACGAAUAUGGAAUCUUAUAGGAUUUCUAAAGGUUUGUCAUCUGAUUCAGAAGAAAAUGAUUCACGAGAUAAACCAGAUGAAGAACCUUACAAUAGAUCUGAAGAGAUGACGAGCGAAACGAUACUUACAGUUAUAAAAGGCAAGAUAGAAAAACUGAAUGAUCUUUUAAGACAUGUAGUUAACGAAAUAUCAGAAAAGGAGAAAAAAUACGUUUUCCCCAAGGUGCAGUUGCUUAUAGAAUAUUAUUUUUGA